CACAGUUUCAAGACCAAAGUAAUUUCCAGAAGGAUCCUUAGUUGACUCUAUUUACACGUUCAAUUUAAGUCCAAGAGGAAUGUUAUAAAAGACCAUGAUGUUUCAAUGAUCUAAAACUAUACAUUCUAUAACAUUUGAAAACAAGAAACUUGGGCUCUUUUUUGCUUCAGAAAAAAAUUCAUUUUUAGGAUAUGGAGUGUGAUUCAUCCUGUGAUCUUACUCAUCUUAGUGAAGAGUUGUCAGCGAAAAUAGAGGAGAAAUUGAAGUUGAAUCACAAAGAAGUAGAUGCUGCUACAGAUGGUAAGUCAGAUAUUACUCUUCGUCCAUUGGACCUCACCGAUGUUGAUGAUUUUAUGGAAUGGUUUGCGGAUGAUAACGUUAGUAAGUUCUGUUCUUGGGACACUUUCACAUCCAAAGAAGAUGCCAUGAAUUAUGUAGCUGAUGUUGCCAUACCACAUCCAUGGUUUCAGGCAAUUUGCUUAAAUGGAAAACCAGUUGGUUCUAUUUCUGUAUCACCAUUUCAUGGAACUGAUAGGUGCAGGGGUGAACUUGGAUAUGUGUUAGCAUCAAAAUAUUGGGGCAAAGGGAUUGCCACCAAGGCGGUGAAGAUGGCGGCGGCCUCCAUCUUCGUGGAGUGGCCACACUUAGAGAGACUUGAAGCUGUGGUGGAUGUUGACAACCCAGGAUCACAGAGGGUGUUGGAAAAAGUUGGUUUUACAAAGGAAGGUGUUUUGAGGAAGUAUUAUCUUCUUAAAGGGAAACCAAAAGAUAUUGUUAUGUUUAGUCUUUUAUCCACUGAUCCUCAAGUCACCUACUUUAUUAUGUAAUAGGUUGGAAAAUCUUCAGUUAAUUGGCGUCACCAAAAGGUCAUCAGCAUCAGAAACUUUGAAUGGCCUGAGAAAUAAUCUAGAGGAGUUCAUUUUUAGUUCUAGCUAUGAUCUCUUUUGUUGACUCUGUUAUUGGAUUUGUAACUCUUAGUUGAGUGAUUUUUUGACCAUAUCAGAGUAGACAAGUAUGAGCCACUUAUAUUCUGUGUAACUGCCAAUGUGAUAAUGUGGAAAACUGCAAAUAUGGAUGGACGGUUUCUAUCUAGGAAAGCUGGUCUUGAUAAAUUUCCCAUGUUAGCUAGAGACUAGAAUAUGGCUGGAUACUAUAAUAAAAUAAGUAGUGUUUUUCUUUCA